CAACAGUUAGGACGACAAAGAAAACAAAACCAACGAGAACAACAAAAACUACGAGAAAAACUACUGUAAAGACAACCCCAAGACUACCAACAACUACAACUAAACUGACAACUAGUACUGGGACAACAUCAUCAUCAACUACUCAUCCGCCGUCAACUGGAUACUCUACAUUAAGUUCCAGUGUAAGCACUGAGUCAUCGCCUGCUUUCAGUGGCUCCACAAUAAACGGAUCAACAGUUAUUCAAAGUUCAACGGCGACUAUCUCAUCAACAACUGCUCCAACUCAGCCCAUGUCUACAUCUAGUGAACAUACGCCUCAAGAUUCUACUUCAACAAGUACUCACACUUCACAUAUCCCCACUGAGUUGUCAUCUUCGAGUUCUAGCCUAAGCACUGAGUCUUCAUCCACUCCUAGUAGGCCAACACCAAAUGAAUCAACCAAAGCCACAAGCUUACCUUCAGAAAUCCCCAAUGAGUUGUCAUCUUCGAGUUCCAGCCUAAGCACUGAGUCUUCACUCAUUCCCCGUUGGUCAACACCAAAUGGAUCAACCACAGCCACAAGCUUACCUUCAGAAAUCCCUACUGAGUUGUCAUCUUCGAGUUCCAACCUAAGCACUGAGUCUUCACCCAUUCCCCGUUGGUCAACACCAAAUGGAUCAACCACAGCCACAAGCUUACCUUCAGAAAUCCCCACUGAGCUGUCAUCUUCGAGUUCCAGCCUAAGCACUGAGUCUUCACCCAUUCCCCGUUGGUCAACACCAAAUGGAUCAACCACAGCCACAAGCUUAUCUUCAGAAAUCCCUACUGAGUUGUCAUCUUCGAGUUCCAACCUAAGCACUGAGUCUUCACCCAUUCCCCGUUGGUCAACACCAAAUGGAUCAACCACAGCCACAAGCUUACCUUCAGAAAUCCCCACUGAGCUGUCAUCUUCGAGUUCCAGCCUAAGCACUGAGUCUUCACCCAUUCCCCGUUGGUCAACACCAAAUGGAUCAACCACAGCCACAAGCUUAUCUUCAGAAAUCCCUACUGAGUUGUCAUCUUCGAGUUCCAACCUAAGCACUGAGUCUUCACCCAUUCCCCGUUGGUCAACACCAAAUGGAUCAACCACAGUCACAAGCUUACCUUCAGAAAUCCCCACUGAGUUGUCAUCUUCGAGUUCCAGCCUAAGCACUGAAUCUUCACCCAUUCCCCGUUGGUCAACACCAAAUGAAUCAACCACAGCCACAAGCUUACCUUCAGAAAUCCCCACUGAGUUGUCAUCUUCGAGUUCUAGCCUAAGCACUGAGUCUUCAUCCACUCCUAGUAGACCAACACCAAAUGAAUCAACCAAAGCCACAAGCUUACCUUCAGAAAUCCCCAAUGAGUUGUCAUCUUCGAGUUCCAGCCUAAGCACUGAGUCUUCACCCAUUCCCCGUUGGUCAACACCAAAUGGAUCAACCACAGCCACAAGCUUACCUUCAGAAAUCCCCACUGAGCUGUCAUCUUCGAGUUCCAACCUAAGCACUGAGUCUUCACCCAUUCCCCGUUGGUCAACACCAAAUGGAUCAACCACAGCCACAAGCUUACCUUCAGAAAUCCCUACUGAGUUGUCAUCUUCGAGUUCCAACCUAAGCACUGAGUCUUCACCCAUUCCCCGUUGGUCAACACCAAAUGGAUCAACCACAGCCACAAGCUUACCUUCAGAAAUCCCCACUGAGCUGUCAUCUUCGAGUUCCAGCCUAAGCACUGAGUCUUCACCCAUUCCCCGUUGGUCAACACCAAAUGGAUCAACUACAGUCACAAGCUUACCUUCAGAAAUCCCUACUGAGUUGUCAUCUUCGAGUUCCAACCUAAGCACUGAGUCUUCACCCAUUCCCCGUUGGUCAACACCAAAUGGAUCAACCACAGCCACAAGCUUACCUUCAGAAAUCCCCACUGAGCUGUCCUCUUCGAGUUCCAGCCUAAGCACUGAGUCUUCACCCAUUCCCCGUUGGUCAACACCAAAUGGAUCAACCACAGCCACAAGCUUACCUUCAGAAAUCCCUACUGAGUUGUCAUCUUCGAGUUCCAACCUAAGCACGGAGUCUUCACCCAUUCCCAGUGGAUCAACUCCAAAUGGAUCACGCCCGGCCACUAGCAUAUCUUCAGAAAUCCCUACCGAGCUGUCAUCUUCCAGUCCCAGAUUGAACACUGAGUCUUCACCCACUCCUAGUAGGCCAACACCAGAUGGAUCAACCACAGUCACAAGCUUAUCUUCAGAAAUCUCUACUAAGCUCUCAUCUUUGAGUUCCAGCUUAAGCACUGAGCCGUCAUUUACUUCCAUUGGCUCUACAGGUAGAUGUACCAAUAAAUCACCUGUGACCUCAGGGGUGACAGAGGCUUCUAGCGAGACAACUGCCGCAACAACUGAUGGUACAUCUUCUCAUUGGACUGAUUGGACAAAAACAGAUACGAACUUACCGAUUAUAUCAACUACUUAUUCCACAACCACAAAUUGUAGAAUUGUGUGUGAAUAAAUUUAGCUUAGGUCUAAUUUUCGGUUUUAAU